CGGUCCGCACGCUACAGCCUCACCCUACGUGCCUGUGUGCUUCAUCGGAACAGAAUGUGGGAUGUGGUGAUGUAAUCUCAGCGACUUUUUUACCGGAAGACAGCGGUACACUGUAGGUUUACAGGACGGCACGUUGCACAGUCAUUUGGGUCCGAUUACUCUUGGUAGAACUCGACAAACAGGUUGUGGCACCGCCUUGAAACUACCUGUGUGUAUAUAUAUAUCCCAGCGCUUUCGAAGCGUUUCAGAACGAUCGAGAAGAGCAAGCAACUGAGCGAUAAAGCUCAAGAACCGAGCACGACUACCAAAGCAAGUGAUUGCUUGAGGGCAGCCAAUCUUCGCUGGAGCAUUAACAGAAAAGCAGCCUCUGCGUAAAGCCGAUCAGCGCGGUAUUACAGCUGGGCACACACAGAAGAGAGGAAAGCGAGACAAGACAUUCGGAUCAUUGCUUUCACGUUUGGAGGAAAAAAACAACUACCGACAAGAUGAUGAUGCAGCUGCAAGAAACCACAACUCAGAAAAACUCCCUCUUUAACGCCAUGAACAGCUUCAUCGGGGCCGUAAAGAACAUGGACCAGACCAUCCUGUUGCCCAGCCUGCUGCGGGAUGUCCCGCUGGAUGAGGACAGCCAGAUGAGCUCUCUGAAAUCAGAGGAGGACGAGGGGGACAUGUACAGCUACUACCAGCUGCUUAAAUCUAUCCGCGGGGAGAUCGAGUGGGGAGUCAGGCACGGCACCUCCGACGAGACGCGCAAAGAGAGCAUGAAAGUCACUCGCUCUCACUCCUUGAUGUCGAUGUCCUCCCUCUCUUCAGCCUCAUCCGAGGAGGAAGACGAGAUUGAAGACGAGAAUCUGCAGAGCCAGUUCCAGUACCAUCUCACCGGGCUGCAAAUGGUGCUGUCCAAGCUCACGGACCAGGCUAACUCUCUCACCAAGCGCUACAAGAAGGAGCUUGGCAUCGGAGGUUGGGGCCAGUAGAAUCCCAGAGCCCACAUAAACCUUGACGCACAGACUCUUUUCGUUAACUGAAUGACAAAAGUGUCUUCUUUGAAUAGGCCUUCAUGCUGCUGCUGCUGUUACUACUGAUGAAAUACAUGGACAAACAUUUGAAUGGUAGAAAAGAAAGCAGCUAUUUUUAUCUGCAGGCCUAAAUGGUGUUGGUCUACUCUGUGGUCUUGACUGUAGAUGUGUUGAUCUUGGAGAAAGCAUUUGCGUGCUCAUCACACUUGACUAUAUUUUUGCACUCCAAAGUGUCACACGCAGAAUGCUUUCAGCUCAAGUGAUCCACAGAUGAAACGUAUUUAAGCCUUUUAUUUAAUGUGUAAUUUAUUACCUCACUCCGUAUGUUUAAGAGCCAGAUGUUAUUUCAAAGUUGGAGAAGAAGUGGUCUGUUGGAUCUUAGACUGUUCUUCUGAACCGCCUCACUGACAGGGAUACUGACAAAAGACUUAGCGUCCUAUCUGCGACGCUGAUGAUGUUAGUGUGUUCAGAUGAACUGUAUGUAUUGACUGUUGUUUUAGUCUAAUGUGUCUCAUGUAAAGUUCUUUGGAAGGAGGCAGUUGCUUAUUGUAGCUGCCCAUGAUCGCCUCAUGUCCUAAAUGGUCAAUGAACUGGAAACAAUGGAUAAUUCUUCUAGAUGGAGAAUAAUGAGGUUUUCCAUGAGAUACAUUAGUUAUUGUAAUUUUACCCUGUUAUGUCCAUCUGUCAAUUUAAGCCGAUGCUUUUGUAUGCACCUUAUGCCCCAUUUUUGUACUUGGUAAUAUUUGUCUUUAAAAUAAACUUUUAUAGAAACUUA